AAAAAAAAAAAAAAAUAAAAAAUUUGAAUAAAAUCAAAUAGAUUGAUAAACUGGGCACAAUUUCUAAGAUUAGUUCCCUAUGAUGCAUAAGCCAUCAAUGCGUCAUAAUAAUUCGAGUUCUCGAAGAAAACAUCCUAAACGAUGUACUUUAAUUAUAUAUCAUAUUAGUUUAGGAUUAAUAUUGAUUGGAAUAAUUCUUACAAUAAUUGGAUUAACAACAAAAAAUUUAUUUCAUAUUUAUAUUUAUGAUCAUCGUAAUCCAGCAAAAUUUCAUCAUUUACAUAUACCAAUUGGUUUAUUUUCAAUGAGUACAUAUAUUACAUGGUUAUCUAUGGAAAAAUUAAUUUUAUCUGAAAAUCUUGAACUAAAUGAUCUUCGUUGGACAUUGGCUAGAAUAAUGAGUUUAAUAGGCUUAUUGACAGCAAUUACAUCUUUUAUAAUUCAUAUAAUUCUAGCAUAUUAUCAAACAAAUCGUAAAUGGUUAAAUGUACUAGCUGAAGUUGUAUUUCUUCUGAUAGCUGUUGCCUGUGUAUUGGUUGGAUUAAGUUUAGCUGAAACAGAAAUUGAAUAUAUUCAUGAUCAUGGUGAUAUGAUCCUAACAAAAGUUCUCUUAUCAAAUGGUUUAAUGGGAACAAAUGAUAAAUAUACAAAUCAAUUCUAUUUAGAUAAUAAUAAUAAUAAUAAUAAUAAUAAUAAUAAUAAUAAUCAAUUAAUGAUCAACAGAGACAGUACUAGUGGUAAUUUCAAUCUUGAAGAUCAUACUACUAUCAAUAGUCUUAGUAGUAGUAGUCGUGGUAGUGGUAGUAGUAGUAGUAGUGGCACUAGUAGUAGUAGUACAGACAAUGAUCGUUUAGGUUUAUCUGGUGAAUUUGCAUUAUUUCUUACACCACCAUUAUCAAGUUUUUUCUUAUUAAUUUCAGCUGAUUUUAUUUAUUUAUUAAGUUUUCUUGCAGUACUUAUUUAUUUUGUACGUUUAUGUGAAAAAGCUGUAGCGGAUAGAAAACAAAUGAAAUCCGCUGAAACAACUAAUUGUGCUUAAAUAAACUAAUUACUAUGGACUAAUUCAACUAUCAUUUCUUUACUCACCCUCUCUCUUUCUAUUUGUGUGUAUGUGUGUGUGUGUGAG